AUGGAAAACUAUGUACAUAUAAUCGAGCAUUAUAAUAAAACAAAAAGUGGAACAGACACCUUCGAUCAACUGUGUAAAUUACAUACUGUCGCACGUGCCACUAAAAGAUGGCCAGUACGAUUUCUCUUUGGAAUGCUUGAUCAAGCAAUUGUUAAUAGUCGUAUACUUCACAUCUCUAAACUUGUCGCUGCUGAAGAGGAAGAGCAAAAAAAAAAAACUGCGCGAGAAUGUUACCAGCAGGUAGCAUUCAUUUACCUACGACUAGAUGGUGAUGUUUCUCUAAGACAAGGCACCCGAAAAGGAAUUGAAAAAAUUUUAAAUAUCAAUCAGCCUUCAUCACAAAAUGAUUCUCGUCCCGUAUCGGAGAAACACCAACGUUGUGCUUUAUGUCCACGAAAAGAUGACCACAAAACACAAGCUCUAUGUCCAUCAUGUAUGCGGGCUAUGUGUGAUAAACAUCGUAUAUACAUGUGUUAUGAUUGUGGUGGGGUUGAAUAA